AUGCGUUCAAAAAAAGACCAGCCAUUUGUUGAAAUGUUAAACAGAUUUCGUACUGCUUCCCAAACUGAGCAUGACAUUAAACAGAUUCAAUCAAGACAAAUAGACCCAGAGGAUAAGGAUUACCUUUCAGAUGCUAUACAUAUAUAUGCAGAAAAUAAGCCUGUCGAUGAACACAAUAAUAACAAACUAACUCAGUUAUCUGGAGAAAUGUUUCAUCUUAGAGCAGCAGACCAGUAUCCUCCAAAUGUAUCUCAAACUGAUAUUGAUAGAGUGUUAUCAAAGGGACGUUCUGAUACUGGUGGACUAGAUAAAGACAUACAUGUUAAAGAAGGUGCAAGAGUUAUGCUAACAAGUAAUAUUGAUAUUGCAGAUAGACUCAUCAAUGGUCAAAUAGGUACUAUAAUGAAAAUCCAGGUCAACAUGAACACACAAAAACCGACUGUUAUUUAUGUUAAAUUUGAUGAUGUUCAAGCAGGUAAAACUAUUAUCACUAAAUCUACAAAUCAAUUUGUUAAAGAGCACAAUGUUGUACCCAUUGAACCGAUUCUAGCUAAAAUCAAAAUAAGACCAGGCAAACCAUCUUCCCCAGAAAUUCAAAGAGUGCAAUUCCCUAUCACAUUAGCUUAUGCAGUAACUAUUCAUAAAGUUCAGGGUCUCAGCUUAGACAAAGUUGUUGUUAGUUUUGAGCUAUUCCGACAAAGGUCAUUUAAUUAUGGACAAGUUUAUGUUGCCUUAAGUCGUGCAAGGUCUUUAAGUGGUCUCUACACUUUAGAUCACCAGAUGUCAAUAUCAUGGCAAACCAAAUAA